AAAGACCCCCCUCCGUUCCCAAGCACACGGAUCCGCGCACGGGGAGCAUUCCCGCGCCCCCAGCCGGGCUCAGCUCCGCAGACAAAGCCCCGCGCACCUCUGCGCAAAAAGAGCGCAGCGGGCGCGCAGACAAAGCGGGGCCGGCAGCCGGUGAGCGCUGCAGCAUGCGGGGCUGCGCAGGGCUUCUUCUGCGAGUGGGCUCUGGCAGCGGCUGCGGCUGCCUUUUUCUUCUUCCCUUUUUUCCCCCCCUCCUUCGUGUGAGCGUUAUUUUUUUUUUUUUUUUUUCUCUCCUCUUCACCAACUUCCUUCCUGCUCCAACUGCCAAAGCUCAAAGCUGAGCGCUGAGAGGAAGACCCCGGUCGCAGGCGCCGCUGAGCCGACCAAGUGAACAUGACUGAGAAGACCCAAGAACCUCAUGUGGAGGAGGAUGAUGAUGAGCUGGAUGGGAAACUCAACUACAAACCUCCUCCCCAGAAGACACUGCAAGAGCUGCAAGAGUUGGACAAGGACGAUGAAAGCCUCGCUAAGUACAAGAAGUCCCUGCUGGGAGAUGGACCUGUGGUAGUAGACCCAACAGCUCCCAAUGUGGUGGUCACCCGACUCACCCUGGUAUGUGACUCUGCUCCAGGACCGAUCACCAUGGACCUUACAGGUGAUCUUGAAACACUCAAGAAAGAGACCUUUGUAUUAAAGGAAGGAGUGGAAUACAGAGUUAAGAUCCACUUCAGAGUAAACAGGGACAUUGUGUCAGGACUGAAAUACGUGCAGCACACCUACCGGACAGGGGUGAAGGUGGACAAAGCCACAUUCAUGGUUGGCAGCUACGGGCCACGGCCAGAGGAGUAUGAGUUCCUGACGCCUAUUGAGGAGGCUCCUAAGGGUAUGCUGGCUCGAGGCACCUAUCACAACAAGUCCUUCUUCACGGAUGAUGACAAGCACGACCAUCUCACCUGGGAGUGGAACCUGUCCAUCAAGAAGGAAUGGACAGAAUGAGUUCACUCAGUUUGCCUUCCCCCUUCCCAUCCCCUUGCCUCCUGCACCAGUCUCCAGGUGGGCCAUGCCCACCACGCUGCUCCUUCCUGCCACCGUGGCCAGCCACAACCCUGGCAGCCCUUCCCAUGGGUGCUGGGGCUGUGUGCCAGCCUCAGUCGAUGCACAGGCCUGCAAGCAGCCUUUGCUGCUGCUUCUGAUACACUGAAAAUAGCCCUCCCGUUCUCACCACCGCCCCAUCAUGAUAUCUAAUGGGUUAAAUUGGGAAGCGUCUCCCUCCCUUUCUCCCAGUACUUCCUCCUGUUUCCUCCAUCUCUCCUGUACCAACUCUGGUCCCGGAAGUGCCUUUUCUAGGAAACAAGAUCACCUGGCAGGGCGGACUGGUCCCUGGAAAAUCCCUAUCCGAGUUAUAUACUUGCCAUGUGUUCUGACUCACCGUAAAUGGUUACUUACCUCCCAUGAUGGUCUCCUGGUCUGUAUCUGGUGCCCUACCCCAUUAAAAUCAAUUCUUGUGCAGGCAAAACCAGUCAGGGGGAAUGCAGCUAGAUGCUGUAACAAGACUUCAGUGUCCCAAGAAUAAAACCAGUUUCUUUCUUCUUUUC